AUUAAUCAAUUUUAACCAUUCUAUUAUGACCAAUAUUAAUGACCAAUAGUAACAAAUAACAUGAAUAUUUGUUAUUUUUAUGUUUUCUUUUAAUUCCAACAUUGCAGUAAAUAUUUUUUUUUUUAUAAAAUAGUACAUGUGACUAAAACCUUGCCAAGAUGAGUAAAAUAAUAAGUGUAUUGAUAUUAUAUGUAAUUCUACAAAUAUCUGAAGGGAUUAAUAUUACUUGUGAUAGUUUUGAAAAUUCGUGUGGGAAAUGUAUCGGAUUUGCUGGUGCCAGGUGUAUAUGGUGCUCUGCGCCACAGGACAUUUCCGAAAAACGAUGUCAAACAGAGGAUUACAAAUAUAAUACAAAGUGGUGCAAAAAAGAAUAUAUAGUGAAUCCAGAACCUAUAAAUGAAAUUAUGAAACAAAACGAUGAAUUUUCACCAGGAACACCUACAAUUAAACCUGUUCAGUUUCGACCACAGCAUUUAAAAAUAAAAAUGCGUCCAGGAGUGCCUUUUAGUUUUGAUAUGUCAUACAAGCCUGCUAAACAUUUUCCUUUAGAUGUUUAUUAUCUUAUGGAUCACUCUUAUACAAUGAGGCCUCAGACGAAGAUUCUUCAACAACAGGGUAGACAACUUUUAAUGGAACUCGAAAAAUUCACUAAUAAUGUACAAUUCGGUGUUGGAAGUUUCGUAGAAAAACCAGCUUUCCCAUUUGCUAACCCCAAUAUACAUAUAGCGUAUUCAUUUAAAAAUCAUUUGAAAUUAACUAAAAACAUGUCUAUGUUUGAAGAAGUUUUAAUGAAAAUUCCUGAAGGGUCCAAUUAUGACGAUCCGGAGGCAGGACUCGAUGCAUUGAUGCAAGUUAUGAAGUGUGAAAAAGAAUUAGGAUGGAGACCAGUGGCGAGACGUAUUAUAGUGCUUUGUACAGACAAUACAUACCACAGUGCUGGAGAUGGAAAGAUGGUGGGAGCUGCCAUUCCUAAUGACAUGAAAUGCCAUUUAGACAGCAACGGACAUUAUGAUUCAGAUUUAAAGUACGACUACCCGUCUGUUACUCAAAUUAAUAGAGUUGCAUCAAAGGGUGCUUUCCUAAUUAUAUUUGCUGCAGUAAACACCGUUAAAAAAGAAUAUGAGGCAUUGAAGAAAAGUAUACAAGGAUCAAAUUAUGUUGAGUUUAAAGAAAAGUCCAACAUUGUGGAUAUAAUUAAGAAAGAAUAUUUGAAAUCUGUUGAACACACGCAGAUAAAUUAUGAUAGACUUAAAAAUGUGGAAUUAACAUUAGAUCCUGACUGUUCUAAAGAAGGAAUUUGUAGAAUAAAACACAAUGAAAGUUUGACAAUGAAAGCAACUCUUGAAGUUAAGAAUUGCUCACCAAAUAAUACACUUACAAUGCAAGUAAACCCAAUAAAUCUUAAAGAAUCAUUAACUAUAGAGAUUGGUGUAGUAUGUGAAUGUGAUUGCGAAAAACAUGGAAGUGGUGAAAUGAAUUCUAAAAGAUGUAAUUCAGCUGGUACAUUGCAGUGUGGACUAUGUAAUUGUUAUGAUGGAAGAUAUGGUGAUAAAUGUCAAUGUUUUGGUAAUUCGACCAGUAAUACAGAUUUGGAUAAAUGUAAGUUGAAUGUCUCAGAUGUGUAUAUGUGUAGUGGACGCGGCGUUUGCAGAUGUGGUGAAUGUACGAAAUGCGUUAAGGGAUUUUCAGGAGAUUUCUGUCAAUUCGACGACAAGGCGUGUGAACGUGUUAAUGGAAAGCUGUGCGCAGAUAGAGGAGUAUGCCGCCUGGGAAGGUGCGAGUGUGACGCUCAUUGGACUGGAAAUGACUGUAGCUGCCCUGAAGAUGAUUCUGACUGCAUAGCGCCAUAUUCUAAAGAGGUGUGUUCCGGAAAUGGCAAAUGCCAUUGCGGUGAAUGCAGCUGUAAUAAAAUGGAGGGCAAAGAUGAUAUCUAUGGAGGGACAUUUUGUGAUCAUUGUGAUGAUUGUACUGAGAAACGCUGUCAAGAACUUGGCGAAUACAUUCAUUGCGUCAUGUUUAAUAACAAGACGUAUUGCGAUCAAAUAUUCCACGAAACUGAGACUGUUAUUGACAUGGUAUCGAAGACAGACAACAAAAGUGAGAAUUGGAAUGUAGCACAGGAGUGUAACAAAGCAUUAGAUAAUGGCACGGUUAUAUUGUUCAGACAUUAUUAUGAAGGGAAAAAGAUACAUUUCUUGGUACAAAAAGAGUUGGAUGUUCUUCCUGUAGCUAAUAUUUGGGUUGCUGUCGGCUCCUCCAUCGGCGCAGUGUUACUCAUCGGCUUGCUGACGGGUGUCAUAUGGAAGAUUCUCAUUGACAUACACGAUAAAAAGGAAUACGCGAAAUUUGCCUCUGAAGCACAAGCCCAAGGGUUUGUAGUAUCCAACCCGUGGUACAGAUCACCGGCUAACAAUUUUUCGAAUCCCGCUUUUAAUAAUAAUUAGGAGAGAAGGAAUAUUUUAAUUGAAUAGGGUAUUAUUGUUAUUUGAAUUACGCUAAUUACUCGUACUUACUUAAACUGCGGUUAUUGUAAAUAAUGAUUUGGGGUAUUCUUGUAAAAUUAUUUAAAUACAGUUAGAAAUCGUCUUAUUAUGCAUUAAUGAUUAACAUUGUUUUAUUGCUAUUUAAUUCUUAACAUUAUUAACAUAGACAAAAAAGUAGAAGAUUGCAAGUUCCGAGUUGUACAUAAAUAUAGUUGUAGAUUAAAAAUAUAACCAAUACAAAAAUGAACUCUAUGAAUUGUAAUAGUAACUAUUAAAAUCAUUGUCCGAUUGGCGACAAUAUCGCGUACAUAAAAAAAUAUUAAGAUGAUUUUUAUCAAGAGACCUUUUAUAUAAUUGAUCAAAUUCUUUCUAAUUAACUAUAAUAUAUAUCUUUUAUAACAUUUUUAGUCACAUUUUAUUUUAUAUCAAUGUGUUUUAAUUCAGACAUAACUUGUAUAAAUUGUGGACUUCAAUGUUUCUUAAAUCUAUUUUAAGUGUUUGUAGUUUCGUAUUGCAUUAUUUUCUCAUACGUAAAAAGUUACCAAUAAGUUAAAAUACAGAUUUUUACGAGGUUAAGGAAUUAGGUAGUAAAUGUGUAAGAUUGUUGUACUGAAAAUCGCUAAUCGAGUUAUGUAAAAUUAUUAUCGUAUUUUCAACUGUUAUUUGUGUGUGUUAAUUAUAAGUGAUUAUAUUCACAAUUAAAAACAUUUUAUUUUC